UUUCACUGUUCUCACUCACCUCCUCUUCUGUAUUUUGAAUGUUCAAAAUCACACACACACACACACACUCUCUCUCUCUCUCUCUCUCUCACACACACACACACACACACACUCAUACUCUCUGGACAACAAAUUCUUCAACAGAAUCCUGCAUUAAUGUUGAGCUAUACGCGUUUCUGCGAGGAUGAAUCCAGCUGAAAAAGUUUAUCUGUAGUAGUUUCAUCUUCGUGUUUUCUCCUUUUCGAUCUACUGAAGCUUUUCUUCGAAUUUUCGUGUUGUUUUUUAAAAAAAAGUGUGGUUGAAAAUGGAGAGAGAUAAGCGGAAGAAAUCGAAGAUACCUAGCCUUUUUGGAGGGAAUGGAGAAAAUAUGAACCGGAAAACUGUUCAACCUAGGUCGCAAAGGGAUGGUUUUACGGAGCAAAAACUGUUCAUGUAUGAAGCUGGGCAAACGUCUUCUAAACAAGUUUACGGGACACCUAUGAAGACACUAUUAGCUAAAGAAAUGUUGAAUGAAACGUCAGCCAAAAAGCGAUCACCAAGUCUUAUAGCGAAGCUAAUGGGUCUAGAUGGACUACCAUCUCCCCAACCUCUUCACAAACAACAAAAAAAGGCGUCUGAGAAUUCCAAGAGUACGCCCAAAAGGAACGAACAGUCAUAUAAUCAUCAGUCAGAUAGGAAGACCACAGUGGAACAACAACAUUUCAAAGACGUUUAUGAAGAUCCAGAAGCAUCACAUGUCGGAAAUCAACUUUAUUCGCCACAAUUCACUGCAAAACGAAGAUCCACAAAGCUGGAAUUAGGGUACAUCCAGGAAAGAUGUGACGAAAUGCUUCGGGAGUCCAUUGCAAUUAAAAACAAACUUGAAAGAGUAGAUUCGAACUCAGAUUUGAUGUUGAGUUUUCUGCAUAAGGAUCAACAAGACAUCCCUUACGGUUAUCUCUGCAACCAGAUAACAGUUUUAAAGCCGUCAAAUGCUGUCAGACAUGCGUCGUCCAACGGCAAAGUAUUGAAAGAAACAAUGAACUAUCGUGUUCCUGUUUCUCAUCAAAGAAAUGAAUCAUGUCACAGUAAUCAUAACUUCCGUAAAUCAUCUAGAUAUCAGCCAGAAAGGAAAGACGCAAACGCCAUUUCUCCUACAAGAAUCGUAGUCCUUAAGCCAAAUGUUGCAAAGAUCUACAAUGAUACAGAAUCAGAAUUAUAUACGGGCCCACCGAGCGAAUUCAGGUCUUCCAGGCACAAGUCCAAAGAAGCUAGAGAUAUCGCAAGGCAAAUUACUAGUCAAAUGAAAGAAGGUUUCGAAAGCGGGCAUAUUAAUUUAUUUGAUUCUGGUUUUCUAGAAUAUGCAAGUGCAUCCGCUAGUGAAUCGGAAAUGAUGGCCGUUUCUUCACGUAAUUCAUUUCACCAAAGUACGAGGGCGGUGAGGCACAGGCGUUCACACUCAAAUAUGUCUGAAUCUGCAAUGAUUAAGGAGGCAAAGAAGAGAAUGUCACAAAGGUGGAAAACUCAUGGAUAUAAAGAUAUGGGAAUGGUCGGUAAAAGCAGUACACUGGAAGAAAUGCUUUCGGUUCCUAACAGUGAAACAAGGCAUGUAAAAACUGGAUAUGCGGUGGGCCCGGUGGGCCCAGUUGGGGUCAGUGAUGAAUAUGGUUGGAGAGAUGACUAUCUCAGAAAUACAUCAAGAUCGAGAUCUCUUUCUCCGUCUUGCCGUAACCGAAGUCAUAAAACGAGUAACUAUCAUGAAGCAAAUGCUGAUGAGAAGAUUAUGGUACAUAACGAGCCUGUUAACCGGGGUAAAAGUAAGGGGGUGAAGGGUAAAUUUAGCCACCGAGAAGAAUCACGGUCCAUGAAUUUGAGAUCUUACAGUGAAAGAUGUCGGUCUUCCCAACAUUGCAAUGCAUGUAGUCAUGAGUUUGGUAAAGUUUCACCAACCGAGACCUGCUUUGAGAACGAGGAUCCUGUUGAGCAAGAGUUACUGAUUUCUGAUAUUCAAAAUGCUACCGCGAAGCCAACUUCUGUUAUUGAUGUUUGCAUGCUUGGAGAUGAAGAUUCAUUUGCUGUUGAAGAAGAUAGCUUGAACUCACAGGAACCAUGGACUGCAAACUCACAGGGUACUGUUUGCACUCAGUUGUCUGGACCUGAGCCAGAAUCUUCUGAAGGGUCUAAAGAGUUUGACCAAAAUGGUCAAACUUCAGUAUUGGAAGUUCCUCCUACAGAAGAUGUAUCAUCUGGUUCCGAGUGCUUUGAGAGAGUCAGUUCUCAACUACAUGAGCUCAGGAAGCAACUUCAUCUGCUGAAAAUGGAGUCAGGAUCACAUUAUGAUAGCCCAAACGAUGAAGAAAUCGAACAAAGAUCAUCAUCGUUUACGGUUUCUGAGUCAGAAAACUGGGAAUCCGCAUACUUAACAGAACUGCUACAAAACUCUGGUUUCCACGACCACGACCCGUAUACAUUCAUAACCACAUUUUACUCCGUAGACUGUCCUAUAGAUCCAUGUUUAUUUGAUCAUCUUGAAAAGAAAUACUCCCAAGAUCCAGCUGUUUCAAGAUCCGAAAGGCGUCUGUUUCAUGAUCGUGUAAACGAAGCAAUGUGUGUUCUUUCCAAGAUCAUGCUAUCAACCCCGUUAGGUCAAAGAGAGAUUCAGAUUGCACUGAUUGAAAUUGGGUUUGAAGAUCAGCUGCAGAAGUUGCUUGUGAAGCAAGAAAAGGAAGCAAAUGGGGAAUAUUAUGAUAUAUCUAUGGAUAACGAUCCGGACUGGUUUCAACCGGUGAAUGCAAUUGAUGUUGUGGGUAAGCAAAUUGCCGAGAUGUUGGUAAGUGAGUUAGUACUGGAAAUUGCAAGUGGAUGGUAGUUGUAGAAGUUUAGAUUGUAGGCAUAGAACCACGUGAACGAAUAAUGGGUAACAAAGAGAGAAAUCAGUCAAGUUUGUAGGUUCUUUUUCUGAAAUGUUCAGAUAUUGUAACAAGUGAUGGAUUUUAAAUGUGAUGAUGCUAAACACCCUCUUAUAUGGUUUAUGCUAUUGAGCCACAUUAGAACA